UGCGGUAGUAUCGAGCUCUCCAUAUCGCCCAACAUGCCGCAAGAGGCUGAACCAUCGAAGAAUGAGCGCGACUUUCUUCUCUCUGCUCUCCGGGAGAACAUCCGCCUCGACAACAGAGCCUUCGAUCAGUUCCGGCCCAUUGAGCUGGCAUUUGGCGACGAAUAUGGCGUAUGUGACGUACGGCUGGGCAAGACGAGGGUCAUGGUCGCCAUCUCAGCAGAAGUCAUCGCGCCCUAUACGGAUCGAAAGUUCGACGGCGUUUUCACCAUUUCCACCGAAUUAAGUCCUAUCGCGAGUCCAGCGUUUGAAGUCGGCCGACAAGACCAGACUGAGAUCCUCCUCUCACGCCUCCUCGAAAAGACAAUUCGUCGAAGUGGUGCACUAGAUACCGAGAGUCUUUGCAUCAUUGCGGGCUCAAAAUGUUUCCACAUUCGCGCCGACAUUCACGUUCUCGACCACGAUGGAAACAUCAUAGAUGCUGCAUGUGUUGCGCUUGUGGCCGCACUCAUGCACUUCCGCCGACCGGACAUCGAAAUUCACGGGGAGGAGGUCACAGUCUUCAGCCUGCAAGAGAGGGAGCCGGUGAAGUUGCAGAUGCAGCAUCAGCCUUUCUGCAUUACAACAAGCUACUACGAAAGCGGAGAGGUCAUGUUGCAAGACGCGACAUUGCUCGAGGAGCAUUGCAGGGAAGGGGAGGUCGUAGUGAGCAUCAAUCGCUUUGGAGAAGUUUGUCAGAUUGCAAAGUACGGCGGUGCACCUGUCGACGGUCUGAGUGUUCUGAACUGCACCACAGCGGCACUGGAGAAGGCGAAGUGGCUGGACAAAUUCGUGAAAUUCAAGUUGGAAGAGGAUGAUAAUAAGAGGGACAAAGGUGGCUUGAUGGCAGAGCUGAGCGCCGAGAACGAGAGAUGA